CCACGGCGGCGCGCGGAGGGAGGGGCGCCGCGGCCGGCAGCCAUGAGCGCGGUGCUGGACGUGCUGUGGGAGGACAGAGAUGUCCGCUUCGACAUCUCCCCGCAGCAAAUGAAAAUGAGACCUGGAGAGGUCCUUAUAGACUGCUUAGAGUCUGUUGAAGAUACCAAAGGAAACAAUGGAGACAGAGGUAGACUGCUUGUGACAAAUUUGAGGAUUAUUUGGCGCUCACUGUCACUGCCCAGAGUCAAUCUGUCUGUUGGUUACAACUGCAUUAUAAAUAUAACUACAAGAACUGCCAACUCGAAAUUACGAGGGCAGACAGAAGCUCUAUAUAUAUUGACUAAAUGUAACAAUACACGGUUUGAGUUCAUAUUUACCAAUGUUGUCCCUGGGAGUCCCAGACUCUUCACUUCAGUUAUUGCGGUACACAGAGCUUAUGAAACUUCUAAAAUGUAUCGUGAUCUGAAGCUGAGAAGUGCAUUGAUUCAAAACAAGCAACUGAGAUUACUGCCACAAGAACAAAUAUAUAAUAAAAUCAAUGGAGUCUGGAAUUUAUCAAGUGACCAGGGAAAUUUGGGAACAUUUUUUAUUACUAAUGUGAGAAUAGUUUGGCAUGCAAAUAUGAAUGACAGCUUCAAUGUCAGCAUACCAUAUCUACAAAUUCGUUCAAUAAAAAUAAGAGACUCAAAGUUUGGCUUGGCGCUUGUGAUAGAGAGUUCUCAGCAGAGUGGAGGAUAUGUACUUGGUUUUAAAAUAGACCCUGUGGAGAAACUACAGGAGGCAGUGAAAGAAAUUAAUUCACUCCACAGAGUUUACUCAGCUAACCCUAUAUUUGGAGUGGAUUAUGAAAUGGAAGAAAAGCCUCAGCCUCUUGAAAACCUAACAGUGGAGCAGGUUCAAGAUGAUGUGGAAAUAGAAUCUGAUGAGCAUACAGAUGCUUUUGUGGCUUACUUUGCUGAUGAAAACAAGCAACAUGAUGGGGAGCCUGUUUUUUCGGAAGAACUGGGACUCGCCAUAGAGAAGCUGAAGGAUGGAUUCACACUGCAGGGACUCUGGGAAGUGAUGACCUGAUUUGGACGGGCACGCGACUGUUUCUGGAGCAGGGAAGGACUCUCAGUUCUUAGCGGCCUCAUGGGAUGCGUAGAAGGGAAUUUAGAAAUACCAGAGUAGCAGAGAAGGAACAUGCCAAAGCCAACGAGCAGGCAAGUGUUAGAUAAUACGCCCUCAGAAUACGUCGUAAAGGAAAGAUUAUUCAAACCCCUGAUAUGUGUAACAGCUUUUUAUUUAUGACAUCAUUCCUGUAAACAGUGUGAGGACAACCAGUACCCACCAUGAGAAGGGGUUGGUGGAAGCCCCGCCCCCAUGGCCAGUCACAUGAUCCACAAACUCCAGAAGCCCCGCCUAUCUGCUGGUCACAUGGUGUGAGGAGCAGAGAGUCCUUCCCUCCUGCUGUGGGGUUGUAAGGACCCUCCCCGCGACAGUCAUGGCAGACCCCAUUUUAUUUCCGCCGCCGUUGAGACAACUGUCACAGCCGACGUGUUUUCAUACUGUGUUGUGAUUGGCAGCCUACGGGCUUUGACACGCUCUGACCCCAGGUGUUUUCAGGCGUGUCAUUGGCAGGAGCAGCCACCCCAUCCUGCCUCCCCCAGAAGGUUGUUGGAGCAGGAAGCCCCCUCCCCAGACAACACAGGGGCUGCCGUGGUGUUUCAGCCACCAUUUUAUGACAGGUAGCCACCAUAUUUUAUUUUUUUUAUAACUUCAUGGCCUGUGUGUUUACGUACUGCCCUGUGAUUGGCUGCCAGGGGCAGGCAGGCCCUGCCAUUUUACCUGGAAGGAUGUCAAAAAAGGCAGCUUCCUCUUCCUGCAUACUCAGGGACCACCAUUUGAGAGAGGGCAGCACGUGGUAUAUAGCUUGAUGCUCAAUGUGUGUAUUUGUACACAGUGAUGUGCUUUCCCAUAAUGACGAUACCGAAAUCAGAUUUCCAUAACUUGUUUAGUGUUGUGCAGCAUCAGUAGCGUCAUAUUCAGAACAUUUUGUGUUCUUGAUAACUUUAACAAAAAGCCAUACUGUUUUCAUGUCUCAUAAUUUUGUCAAAUGUUCACCACAUAUCAUUCCAGGUACUUAAUUGUAAUCCAGAUACCCUCAUACAUGUUUUGUGGUUUUUUGUUGGUUUUUUUUUUUUGGCUACUUUUUUUAAGGAAUGGUCUAGAAGAAAGUGCACAAAUAGCUUCUGUGUCUGAGUCAUUAGACCUUUAUGAUGUUAUGUGUUAGAGAGAAAUGAGUCAUUUAUUGUUCAAAGGAAGAUGCAGCUGUUACGUUUUCUAGUGACAUAAGACCUCUGCGCUAUUUUCUAUAAGUGGAAAAAGUCAAAUGAGAUCUCCUAUCAGCUGUUGUUUUAGCAGCUGACUGUUAUAGUAGAGUAACUGUGGUGUGACUCUAAUUGUGGUGUUUGUAGAAAAUCUUUCAAAGUAUAUAUUUUGAUGAGAUACUACCUAUAUUGAAAAGGAAUAAUGAUUUCAAUAAACUUUUAUAAUGUUA